AUGCGGUCUUCAUAUACAUUACCCUCGGUUUUCAAGAUCUGCAUGUUAGGGGCCCCUUCUCUCGACCUAGCCGAAGAGGCGAGACACAACCGGCCGAUUGCCAUCGAAAUGGCUGCCAUACCAUACCCUCCUCGGCGUAUAUCGCGCUUCAAUGACGAGCAAAAGGGCGAAGACUUCCUGACUUACGUAGCCCAAGAGACCAUUGCGAAGAAGAGUGCUCAGACCCUUUGCGAGGUCGAGUGGAUCAUGGCCAAGAAGACAAUCGAACAUUGUCAAAAGCAAAUCCAGGCUUGGGUGGAGACUUGCAGCGGCAAUUGUUCAGCUUUGGUCAUUGAACCAGAGGAAACAGUGGAUACACCGGUCGAAGGUCCCAAGCCGUACAUUGAGCUCCGAGCCAACCGAGACAUCGACUCCGGAGAUCUGGUACUGUCCGAGCAGACGAUCUCCAAUGUGGCUACCAGUAUCCCAGAGGAGGUGGAGGCGAAAAGACGUGCCGGUAGAUACAAUGAUCACUAUUGUAAUGGUUGCGCGUCUCUACUAGCUGUCCCUUUACAAUGUCCCAGCCUGUUUGUGAGAAACCGGACGCCUACCAACUCGGAGGUGCCGCCAGCGACUCCAUCUUCGUCCUUACCUACCCUCCCGUCUCAGAAUUCUAAUCAUACCACUCAACGCAACCACAGCAAAAAAGCCGAUGUCGCGGAGAUUCCUCUACACCCGUCAAGCAGUCACAACUUUCUAUACUACAAAUAUAUAGCAAAUGAGCCAGAGCGCGAGUCGAAGACCGAACUCCAGUACCCGGGCUCGCCCAGUUAUUCACCACCCGCUUCGCCAUCGGUCUCGAUCGAUGCUCUCCUCAAGCCUUUCACUGUUUCUUCAAUCAAAGCCGAAGAACACUUUCCAGCUUCCCCUGGGACUCCUAAAUGGAAAAUCGACCUCAGCGAACGCAAAUGUUUCAUGUCCUGA